UGUCAGUCUGGUUGCGGCCUUCGCGGGAGCAGGUCGGCCCCAGUGCUGUUGCGCCCAACCGCUCUUCUCAGUGACACUCUGUGAGGCUCUAUUUUUCGGUAGGAAAAUGAACCCGAGACAAGAAGGCUACUGCUACUGCUGCUGCUGCUGCUGCUGCAGAGCGGAUCUGUCAUGAAGCAGGCCUCCCUUUUUGCAACGAGACCGUUGGAGAGUUGAUGGAAAACCCAGGAAUCUGUGAUUGGCAGUUUGAAAAAACAAGUCUUAAUUGUUUCAGAAGGUGAACGGUGAAAACACUUUCUCGUGAGGACUGUUAUGCCGCCAUUUACUGCCUCGUGCUAACGGAGUACAACACUGUUGUGAUUGGCGAUCUGUUUUGGCUUCGCUUUUCCAUUUUUUAAAUUAUUACAUUUCGGAAGUGUUUCCGCAGCGUGGCACUGCUCUGAGAAUUAUUUAAUAUCUCCAGCAGCUGAUUUCUUUUGCCUUUUAUUAGUUUUUAUUUUUUAUUUUAUAUAUAUAUUUUUUUGUCUCACUUGCGACAGACGUUGUUGAUACCAGGCUGAGGGGAAUGGCUAAGUGGUCGUUCGGACUACAAGCCUUAUGAAUGGUGGAACUGAGUUGCGUGUCGUCUCGUCUGAUGGCAUUUUUCGUACGUACGUAUUUGUACCAAGUCAUCGAGGACGUCUUUAGAUGACUUGUAGCAAAGUCGCAUUAUGAGAGUCGUUGAUUCAAGUUCCCUUUGUAAACAAAAGAGAUAGACAGUUAGAAGGACGUAGAUACUCAGCUGUCGUAUCGAAUAUUUACUAGCUGAAAGGAAAUACGUGUGAACGAAACCAGUUUGAAUGCCACGUGUAUAACUCCUAUAACUCUUCUGUCAAGUUCCUCAGAGAGAGAGAGAGAGAGAGAGAGGAGAGUCAUUUAUAGCAACCGAUAUUUGCUGUACUGGCUUCAUCGAACGUUCGUGACCAGUCUAAGUAAGUUGAGUCCUUACGUUUUCUGUCGCAAAGUCACUUACGACGUGACGUUCGUGUCUCCUGCCACGUUUAGGAAGUCUUUGCGGCGGUAAAGUCGCUGCCUAAAAAAACGCAGAACUACAGACGAACAGACAGGACAAGGAAAGAAUUCGUCUUUCCCAAUACAAAGACAUUUUUCGGUGGCAAGUUUAACUGAGUAAUAACAAAAUUGUCAACAGAAAACGAAGAACGCGGACAGAAACAAAAAGAAAGGACACUGACGAAAAAAUAAAGGAAGAACGCAGGCAAACGAAGUUGCAGCGAACAAACAAACAAACGAAACGGUCUUCCCACCCGUAAGCAGAGUGAAUCGUGGACCUCGCAUGCCGCUGGGUCAAAACAGUUCGCGCGACUAUAAGCAGCAGCCCCAGCCUCCCGUAUAUCGUCACGUAGAUCAGGCAAUGAGUUGGUGCUUUCUGGGUCGACCGACCUACCCACCAGGGACCUCCCUUGGAGACUGUGUGAGUAGUGCCUCCUAAGGGCAGGGAGAUGAUCUCGGCUUCUGCCCAGAAGGUGGAGUAGGUGAUUUCCGAAAAAGACGAACGGAAGUGACGGGCGAUAUGGAAGCGAAGACCGAUAGCUUUUUGUUGCAUCGCUGCCUAGUAAUCCUGCUGGUGCUCAGCCGGGAAGCCGUGUGUACAGGGGACAUCUUCUACUUCAGCUCGUGGCCGGAAUCCGGCCGGGUCGCAGCCGGGGAGAGCCGGGUGAUGAAGUGCGCCGUUUCAGACAAGACCAGCAUCGCUUUGUCUUGGCACCUGGAUGGGAAGCCCAUCUCCUACACCGCUCGGCGUCAUCUUAGAGGUGGGACGAACGACAACAGCUCCUCGGACCUGAUCAUCACCCGGGCGAUACCCGAAGACGCCGGGGAAUACACCUGCAUCGCUCACAACACCACCUCGGGCUUCGCCCUGACGUCGCUGCCUGCUACGCUCACGGUAUUGUGGGUCAGCGAUUCCUCGAAGGUGGUGUUGGGUGACCCGAAGGAGUUGGAAUCUGUCAGUUCCGGGAGCUCCAUCACGCUCAGGUGCAAGGUUGAAGGAGGACCACAGCUCUAUUACUCUUGGAGGAGAAAUGGAGAUCCAGUAUCUGGAUUACGGGGCGUAACGGUUUCUCGAAAACGUCUGACCAUCGACACAUUCGACGCCAAUAUCCACAAUGGCGUCUACACCUGCAUCGCCACAAUAAAUAAGCCAGCAGCCGCUUCCUACCAGGAAUUGGCGCCAGUUGAGCUCAUAACCACCACGGCCAGUAUUCCGCUGAUCCUUUCAGUAUAUGAUCCACAGCUGCCAAGUGUAAAAGUGGUUCCAGAGUCGUUGGUAGUUGGUCCAGGAAGAUCGGCAGAGCUUCACUGUAGCUACGAAACUGGGACUGCAAUCGAGUGGUUUUUCAAGGACAACGGACCCCUCGCAAAUUCAACCAGAUACACACUGAAGAGUAAUGGUACCCUCGUAUUGUUGUCGGCUGACAUACUCGACGAGGGAGUUUACAAGUGUGUUGGGAAGCACCCUCACAGAGCGCACAGGGCUUCUUUUGCUGCCUCAGUUACUUUGGCCUAUUUGGAUAAGAGUACACCUCCAACUUUGGAACCAAGUGCCAUUGUUGGCUCUACUCAUGUUGUCGGCUUAGGAGGAAGACUCCAAGUGUCCUGUUUACCUCCUCCCGGCCUUCCUCAUCCUCAAGUGGCUUGGGUUUCACCUCAUCUAGGAGAUCCCGAGAAGGCCAACUCCAUCAAGGUUGAUGGAAUCAUGCUGGUCAUUGAAGAUGCUUCAUAUGACCAUGUGGGCAACUAUACAUGCAUUGCAUCAAAUCUGGGUGGGAAUGCAUCUGUUUCCAUGCAGCUUGUGGUUACACGUAAACCCAAGGUGGAAAUAUCAUCAUUCUUGAUGACAGUGUUAGAAGAAGAAACUGCAAGACUUGAAUGUAAGAUGGAUGCCCAGAGUCAGCCCUAUUCAAAUGUCAGUUGGACACAAAAUUCACAUCCUGUAAGCAUUGAUGAUUACCGUGUAUCUCUGUCUGGAAUGGGAGCAGGAGUGUCUCAAGGAGUUUCUGUCUUGAGAAUCAGAUGGGCUCGAUUAGAGGAUGCUGGCCUAUACGCCUGUGUGGUCACUACAGCAGGUCAUCCUCCUGUCACAUCUAAAUCUAUGAAACUUGUUGUUACAGAACGCCUCAAAUUUUCCCCACCCCCUCAGGACUCAAGAGUUGAGUUAGGGGGAAAUAUAAGCAUUCCUUGUGAAGCCAGAGGAGAGGUCACCCCCAAAAUCACCUGGCAUCGUGUUACUCCAACAGAGGAUGUGGAUGCAGCAAGUGAUAAUGUUCACAUCAAUGAUGGUGCAUUAGAGGUUUAUGGAGCAGAGCUGCAGGAUGGUGGGCAAUACGUGUGUAUUGCAUCCUCACCACAAGGGUCCAUUAAUGCUUCAAUUACCUUGGCAGUUGUGGAGGGUCCAGUGCUGGAAUGGGUUACUCAUAGCCCUGUUCAGAUAGAGAAAGGUGGAACACUUUUGCUUGAAUGUCAUGCAAGGGGGAGUCCAAGGCCAACCAUCCACUGGGACUACAAUCACAUGCCAAAUGCAUUUGAUCCUGAAAGGGUGGAAGUGUACUUGAAUGGAACCUUGCAGUUAUCAAAUGUGAAACUGGAUGACAGUGGUGUGUUUGGAUGCACAGCUGGUAAUAUGGGAGGCCUUGUUCGUGCAGAGAUUACAGUUAAUGUAAAAGGUGAUGGUUCUCAACUUCUUGGAAGAACUGUUGGAGUUGCAGUUGGUGGAGCAGGGGCCUACAUAUUACUGGUUGGUGCCAUGUUGAUUUACUGUAGACAGAGGAGACAAAGACUAAAACAUUCCCCAGCACAUACAAGAGCUGAGUCAGGAGAAGAUGCCCAAAAUGCUGAGGAACAAGAAAGACUGAUGCACAAUGGACAUCCAGGUGGAAGCACCACUGCUGUAGAAGUUCGGGAGGGUGUGGCCCCCCAUGGCAAUGUAAAACCUGCGGUUCAAGCGGAUCAUCUUUGUCAACUGCAGCUUUCUCAAGUCUCUCCUCAUACACUGGGAACUUCCACUCAACUAGGUCUCUCUCAAGCCUCCACUAGAACUAUAGGAGGGUCCUCAAUAUCAACCCAGCAGUCCUCUCCUCUUCAACACAAUUCUUCUCCAUCUGCCCAAAGUAUAGUCCAGGCUGGCCCCAGUGAAUAUUACAACACCAGACAAGAGUCUACUUUUAUGGGCCUCCAUCAGGAUGAUAAAAGUGGACUCCAAAGAGAGAAUAUCCAAGUCUUGUUGACCUUAGGGCGAGGGGAAUUUGGUGAUGUGCAAUUAGCAAGACUUAGAAAUCCAACAGAAGAUGUCAGUGAAGAUAAUCCACCAGAUUCGGAGAAACUUGUCAUGGUUAAGGUGAUAAGUACUAGAGAUGAUCACUUGCUGGCUGAAGUCUGUAGAGAAGCAGCUAUGUUUAGUGGUCCCACUCAUCCACAUGUAGUGUCAAGUCUAGGUAUGUGUACAUCACAUACACCUCACCUGCUGGUCACCCAGUAUACAGAUUGGGGUGACUUGAAGCAAUUCCUCUUAGCGACGCGGAAAGAAUCCCCAAGACCUCUUGGAAGUUUAAGACCACCACCUCUCACAUACCAGCAGUGCCUCAGCCUGGCUUUGCAGGCAGCUCAAGGUCUAGAGUUUUUAAGUGGAAGACGUUAUACUCAUCGAGAUAUAGCAGCCAGAAAUUGUUUGAUCACCUCUACACUGCAGAUCAAACUCGCUUCUCCAGCUCUCACUCGUGAUGCGUAUUCAGCAGAGUAUUGCACUUAUAGGAACCAGGUACUACCUGUCAGAUGGUUAGCACCAGAAGCACUGAUAGAAGAGGAGUACAGCAUGAAGAGUUCUGUAUUUUCAUGGGCUUGGUUAGCUUGGGAACUAUUAACUCAGGCUGACAUCCCUCAUUCAGAUCUUACAGAUCAUCAGGUUAUAAGUGCUGCAGAAUCAGGUGAACUGCACUGCUCUGCACCACCCAGAACUCCAGCAGAUUUAGUAAAUCUACUCGAGAGUUGUUGGAGACUCUCGCCGAAAAUCAGACCAUCCAUCAUUACAGUUGUGGAGAGCCUGACAGCAAUGACUUGACAAUUUUCUUUCUUAUACAGAAUAUUCCUUUUCUGUUGCCAUGCAUGGAGGAAGAAUUUUCCUGUAAGUAAUGUUCAUACAAAUCAGUUUGUCCUUGUCAGUACCUUAAGGGGUCUUUUUUGUGUGGCGUCCUUUAAUUAGGAGUUCCUGUGUAGUACUAUGAUUUUGUUUUGAUGGGAAGCUGUUAGGAAAUCUGAGAAAAUGGAAUAUAAAUAGCUGGUAAUUUUGCAAAGCUCUGGAGUGCUGGUUGAAAGUUGUAAAGAAUGUUUAACUGGAAUUUGGAAAACUGGUACUAGUAUAGCCUUAUGUAGUAUCAUAGUGUGAUACAAAAGACUAUUACACUGAAGUUAAACUUUACCAAGAAAAAAUGUUUGUUUUGGAUACAUGGGUUAUGGGGUCCAGAUGAAGUCUAAGAAAUACUAAUGGUACAUUUAGAGUUGUCCAGUUAUUAUUACAUGCAUUGGCUGUGAAUCUUUGAGAUUAACUUUAACCUUAACAGAACUUGCAAAGUUUCUGUUUUGAGUUUUAUGCUCUACUUCUAACCUGUAGCUGGAAUAAUUUUAUAGUUAAAAUUGAUUAUGUGAUAAGUUACCACUACUAAGUGAGAAGAACACAUUCCCUAUUAUUUUUAGCUUAAUUUUUUAAAAGUUGGUUUUAUGGAUCUUAGUGUGAAAGUUUAGUGGAGUAUACUUCGCUGUUACUUGGUUUAUGAGUCCUGUCAAAUCUAUAUUUUUUUAUAGAAAGGCAUCCAUCCUGACACAGUUAUGUACAACCACUUGAAUACACACACAC